GUGGGAGGGUCUAAGCUGCACUAUAAACAGCCACGUGAGAUUCAGUACGAGGGGAAGUGUGAAAUAGAAAACAGGAAGCUGCUGAAUCUCUCCUCUGUCUGAAGAUGUCAAAGAUCACUCUGUGGUUUUCAGUUGGAGCGUUUGUGUUGGGAUUUGCUUGUUGCUCUAUCACAUGUCCCGAUGGGACUGUUUGCUCAGAUGUCAACACCUGCUGCAAGACUCAGGAUGGAUAUGGCUGCUGUCACUAUCCAAAUGCAGUGUGUUGCUCUGACAUGGCCCACUGCUGCCCGUCAGGUUAUCUCUGUAACCUGGCUACCCAGAGAUGUGAGAAAGAAAACCAGCCAUGGCUGAGCAUACCCAUGGAGAACAAGGAGGCUGCAGAGGAACCAAGCACCCCCAAUCUGUCUGGAACUCCACUUCAGGAGCUCACAGAGAGCCACGUCCCAGAUCCAAUAAAGAGUUCAGUGGUCUACUGUGACAGCUACACCUACUGUCCUGAUGGCACUACUUGCUGCAGACACCCAAAAGGCGGCUGGUUCUGUUGUCUCUACUCUCCUGGUAAAUGUUGUCUGGAUGGCUACCACUGCUGUCCGUAUGGAUAUGACUGUGACCACACCUACACGCAGUGUGUGAGGGAAAGACUCGCAUAUCCUUUCCUCUAUAAGCCAGCGCUGCCUUCAGCACCUGCCUCUCUCAUCCCCACUUCAGAGGACAAAGGCAGCUUGAAGGAGAUACCAAUGAUGGCUCUGACCCAAGCCAGCGCCAGCUUCCCUGAGGCUCAAGUCAUUCACUGCGAUUCCCAACAUUACUGCCAGCAAGGGAUGUCUUGCUGCAAGGCACCCACUGGCCAAUGGAACUGCUGUCCCUACCCACUGGGCCAGUGUUGCGCAGAUGGUCUGCACUGCUGUGAGUAUGGAUAUACCUGCGAUGCCUCCUUCUUGAAAUGCAGACGUUCUUACUUUUGAAAUUUCUCAGAACCACGCAAACAAUAUUGAAACAUGAUUUUGAAUGUUGAAAUUGCACUAUUUUAAUAUUAUUAUUAUUAUUAUUAUUACUAUUUUGGUCUAAAGAUUUCCUGAAGAUAUUGAUUUAUAAUAUUGCACACACUGCCACAUCCGAUAUAGAAUCAGAUCAGCCUCACAAGAAGACAGUGAAUAAAUGAUAUUCUUACAUCCGCUUAAGAUUGGCUGUUGGCUGUUUGCUUUACAAUUAAUGCUGCUGCACAUUUGGACAGUCACCUUACCUCCACAAAUCAGCUUAGCAAGAUUUCCUGCAAAUGUUGAUUUCCACUGGGUGGAAAUCAACGUUGAAAUCAACGUUGAAAACGCCUGGAUUUCUUUCAGAAACUAAGAAACCAUAAAGGAUUUUAUGCUAUUCUCAAGUCAUGUCACAGUAUUUUGUACUGAAAAUGGAAAACAUAUGGACAUU